CGACUUUUGACCUCUUCAUUUUAUAUUUUCUUCUCAAUUAUAAAUCUCAAAUUCCACUCAAUUGAAUUCUAGAAUCAAAAAUGUCGAAACCAACACCCUUCAAAAUCGCCGUCUCAGACGACCUCCUCUCCUUCAUCCACCAACGCGUAUCAACAGCCCGCAUCCCACCAGGCCUCUCCCUCCCCGCCUCAGAAGCCUGGUCCGACGGCAUCCCACCCGCCGUCGUCGAACAGAUCCGCGAGUACUGGGAGAAAAAAUACGACUGGCGAGCCGUAGAAGCCCGGAUUAACGGGCACCUGAAAAUGUUCACCCUCCCCAUUAGCGAAGGCGGCGAAGAUCUCACCAUCCACUUCGUGCACCACCGUUCGUCGCGAGAAGAUGCUAUCCCGCUUCUGUUCCAGCAUGGCUGGCCCGGAAGCUUUCUGGAGGUUAGUAAGAUUAUUGAUCUCUUGACCGAGCCGAAGGAUCACGAGCAGCAGGCGUAUCAUGUUGUUGCGCCUUCGUUGCCGGGGUUUACGUUCUCGAGCUGUCCGAGGGGGAAUGAGUUUAGUAUUAAGAACAUGGCGGCGGUAGAUCAGAAACUCAUGUUGGCGCUGGGGUAUACGAAGUAUAUGGCGCAAGGGGGCGAUUGGGGGUCUAUCGUGGCUCGGCAUAUUGGGCUGAUGUAUCCCGAGAGUUGUUUGGCUAUUCAUGUGAAUUUGCUGUUUGCUGGUAUGCCGAGUUUUUGGAAGAAUCCGUUGACGUUCACCUACUUCAUGUUCUGGGCUGCGAGGCAGGAUACGUCGAAUAAAGAUGCGAGUGGUUUGGGGAGGAUUAAGUGGUGGACGAGUGAAGAAUCUGGGUAUUUGGAGAUCCAAGGCACAAAGCCACAGACUCUAUCCUAUGGAUUGAUUGACUCGCCAAUAGCAAUGGCUGCGUGGUUGAGAGAUAAGAUGGAAUGCUUGAUCGAUGACGGCUUUGAAUGGAGUGAGGAGGACACCAUCACCUGGGCCAUGAUGUACCUCAUCCCAGGCCAUUCAGGACAUGCGCAAAUCUACAAGAAUACCAAAGGGAAGAAAAUGGAAGCGCAGAAAGAAACACUGUCUACUCCUAUCUCAUCUAAGGUUGAUUUCGGAGCAUCGGUGUUUCCGAAAGAUGUCAUGAUAAUUCCACGCUGGUGGGCAGAAGUUGAUGUUGCGAGUAACUUUGUGUACUGGCAGGAGCACGAGAAAGGAGGCCAUUUUGCUUCCUGGGAAAAUCCCGAUGUCCUCGUGCAAGACAUUAGAGAAUUUACUAAGAAAAUCAGACCGAGCUAUCGCAAAGAGUUGAUGGAAAUUGGGAAAUCAAAGUGACGACAACUAUUCUUUGAUCACAAGGCAAGGUGUUACGGAGAAGCUUAUUUUAGUGUCAUAUACUUUAGUGGUUAUGGUUCUAAGACUGAGCACAGGCGGGUCUUGGUCUUAUUAGGCUCUGCGUGGGGAAUUUCCCCACCGCAACUUACUCAAAAGUAUCCUCAAAAUUAGUUGCAAUACCUUACAAUCGAGUACAAUGAG